UAGGAUUUUUUACAUUUUUUUGGGCAUCUACCGCGACUCUACAUAUCAUGAAAUUAAAAAAUUCGAUAUCUCCUAAAGUAUUUGGAGUUUCUUAUCUCCGCCGGUUGAUUUGAAAAGAGGAAGUGAAAGUGCAUAGAAUAAAAGUAUUUUCGGAUUUUUAGCAUUAUUUUUGGCAUCUACCGCGAUUGUAAAUAUUUACCAAAAAAAUGUUAAAGAUCCGAAAAUACCUUUAUUAUAUGCUCUUCAACUUCCUCUUUUCAUUAAAACCGGCGGAGAUAAGAAAUUCCAAAUACUUUAGGAGAUAUCGAAUUUUUAAAUUUCAUCACAAUACCAGUGCCGUGAUGUGGCGGUUAACAUUGUUUCUUGUUUACGUACGAGGUACGAGUAUCUACUUUUUUUAUUGGAUAAUGAUGUCGCGUGAUUGUUCGUGAUAGGCCAGAAUUCAAACGAACCAAUACGUGAUUAUUUAGUUCAUUUAUUGUUUAAAACGGUGUUUAAUUACCGCCUCCAAUUUAGGUGAGUUUUUAACGUUUCUAAUUUUAAAGUCUUAUUUGUGUUUUUGAUAUUGUUGCGCAAGUAAUAAGUAACAAAAAAAAAUUUACGUGAGUUGUUACUGUGCAUCCUUUGUUACGGGUUUGUUAGGUAAGGUCAGUUACAUUAUAAAUAAUUUAAAACUAAAGAAUAAUUAUAAUUAAUUCACAUUAUUUUUAAUGUCGGCUUAGUUUGAAAGUAUUAAUAAUGUAACUGACCUGACCUAAUCAACCAUUUUAUUAAUUACGCAUUGACGAUUCACGUAUUCACGAACACACGGCAAAAUAACAAAAAUGGCGUCGCUCGAAUGGUUCCACAGGUCUUGUAUUGCAAAAUUAAAAAAAUUCGAUAUCUCCUAAAGUAUUUGGAAUUUCUUAUCUCUGCCGCUUUUAAUGAAAAGAGGAAGUUGAAGAGCAUAUAAUCAAGUUAUUUUCGGAUUUUUAACAUUUAUUUUCGCAAUACCGCUCAACUACAUAUGAUGAAAUUUAAAAAUUCGAUAUCUCCUAAAGUAUUUGGAAUUUCUUACCUCCGCCACUUUUAAUGAAAAGAGGACGUUGAAGAGCAUAAAAUAAAGGUAUUUUCGGAUUUUUAACAUUUUUUUUCGCAAUUACCGCCCAACUACAUAUUUACCAAUUGUUUCUUUUAGCAUUACGUAAUAGUGUAGCUUGAUUGUUCUGAAAAAUAUCGUUUUUGAUUUCAACUGGGUUCUAAAAAAAUCCCACUACUGGGAAUGCGGUAAAUAUGUAUUUGAGCGGUAUUUGCGAAAAAAAAAUGUUAAAAAUCUGAGAAUACUUUUAUUAUAUGCUUUUUAAAUUCCUCUUUUCAUUAAAGCCGGCGGAGAUAAGAAAUUCCAAAUACUUUAGCAGAUAUCGCCGUUCUUAAUUUUGCUAUAGAAGAUCUGUGUAAUCAUUCGACAGAUGCCAUUUUUGUUAUUUUGCCGUGAGUUUUUGAAUGCCUAAUUAAUUAAUAUGGUGGAUGAGGUGAGGUCAGUUACAUUAUGGAUACUUUGAAACUAAGGUGACAUUAAAAAUAAUGUGAAUUAAUUUUAAUUAUUCUUAAGUUUUAAAUUAUUUAUAAUGUAACUGACCUGACCUAACCAACCGGGACAAAGGAUGGACAGUAGGAACUCACGUAGUUUUUUUAAAAUUAUUACUUGCGCAACAAUAUUCAAAUAACAAAGAAAACAUUAAAAUUUGAAACGUUAAAAACUUACCUAAGUUAGAGGAGGCUAUAAUUCCUUUGCCAUUAGUAGAAAAUGAUGAAGUAGUUCACCUACAUCGCGGAAAAAAAAAUUCAUACACGUAAACAAGAAACAAUGGUGUAUGCCGCAUGAAUGCACAGAGUCAGCUGAAGUGAUUCAGAAAAGAUACAUUAAACCUGAUGGCCAUUGGGAAUAUUAUGUCCAUUACGAAGGUUUUGAUCGCCGUCUGGAUGAAUGGGUUACCCGAGACAGGAUUAUGUGCUCUCAGUUUGAAAUGGCAGAGCAUGAUUGUACAAAUGCUCAGAGGCUCAUCUCUGGAGACGCAAAUGAUAAAUCAGAUAGGAAAAUUACAAGAAACCAGAAGCGUAGGCAUGAUGAAAUCAAUCACGUCCAAUUGACAUAUGCAGAGAUGGACCCAACAACUGCUGCUUUAGAGAAAGAGCAUGAAGCAAUUACCAAAGUGAAAUACAUUGAUAAAUUACAGUUUGGUCGCUACGAGAUAGAUACGUGGUACUUUAGUCCUUAUCCGGAAGAAUAUGGAAAACAGCCCAAACUGUGGAUAUGUGAAUACUGUUUGAAGUACAUGCGUCUGGAAAAGACAUGCAGGUACCACUUGAGUGAGUGUACUUGGCGCCAACCUCGCGGUAAGGAGAUAUAUCGUAAAGGUACUUUGUCUGUCUGGGAAGUAGAUGGCAAAGACCACAAAGUUUACACCCAGAAUUUGUGUCUAUUGGCAAAGCUUUUCUUGGACCACAAGACACUCUAUUUUGAUGUUGAGCCCUUCAUGUUUUACAUAUUGUGUGAAGUGGACAAACAGGGUGCUCAUCUAGUAGGUUACUUCUCUAAGGAAAAAGAGUCCCCUGAUGGAAAUAAUGUUGCUUGUAUUAUGAUACUGCCACCUUACCAGCGAUUGGGAUAUGGGAAAUUCUUGAUUGCAUUCAGUUAUGAGUUAUCAAAACUAGAAUGCACUGUUGGUAGUCCUGAGAAGCCAUUAUCAGAUCUUGGCAAGUUGAGUUAUCGUUCCUAUUGGUCAUGGGUGUUGCUUGACAUUCUCAGGGACUUUAGAGGAACUGUGUCCAUCAAAGCUCUCAGUGAAAUGACGAGCAUCGCGCAGACAGACAUCAUCUACGCCCUGCAGUCGAUGAACAUGGUAAAGUACUGGAAAGGGCAGCAUGUGAUCUGUGUCACACCCAAGCUCAUUGAGGAGUACAUAAAGACUUCACAGUUAAAAAGUCCAAGGAUGACUGUUGAUGUGUCGUGUCUUCGAUGGAGCCCACCGAAGAAAGUGCAAGUGAAAUUGGGCAAGAAGUGAUGUGUUUGUAAAGACUUUAUUAUCUGCAUUUACAAGAGAGAAAAUGCUGUGAACGAGGAAGAUUACAACUGCACAGUUUUUACCAGUCUGUAAAUUUUUAUACUUUUACAUUUGCAUUUCAGGAUUUUAUUGAAGUUUAUGAAGCUGUGAGCUUAUUGUUUUCACAGGUUUUAUGCAUAACCAUAUAUUCAUGAUGGUAUUUAAAGUAAAAUCUAAGUCAAAGAGAUUUUAAAAUGUUGGUUAAAAAAUAGAUUUGGUAAAAGUUCUGUACCAUGUAUCCAAAUACAUCCUUUGAUCCUUAUGGCAUUAUCCUGUCUGUAUACAUUAAUUCUGUGGUACAUGUUGCUUGCUGCUUUAAUUUAGUACAUCAAAAGAUCCUGGACAUAACAAAAAACUUGGGAUGAAACAAUUAAUAAUGAUUGUGAAAUGCAUACAAAAGAAAAUAUUUCCACAUGCACUAAUGACAUAAUGUAUUUUGUGUUGUGAUAUACCUGUUCUUCUUAUGUCCAGGUUCUUUUGACAUACUAAAUUAAAACAUAGAGCAUUAUGUACCACAGGAUCAAAAUGUACUGUAUCAAGCCAUUAGGAUCGAAAGAUAAUAUUGGGUAUGUGAUACUAUAUAAUUACAGUAGAUGUUAAUACUAAUUGUGCACAAGUCAUAAAACUUAAUAUUUAAUAUAGCCUCUAUGUUUUUUUACCAAAUGUGCCAGAUACAUAAUAAAUAAUUUCUUUAAUGAAAUAGGUCAGUAAAGAGUUUUAUAUUAGUUGUUCUAGAAGUUAAGUCUGUAUUUUUUUGUUCAUUAAAGGGGCUGGAACUUGCAUGUUCUGACAGUCAAUCAGUAGCGUUUUUAGACUAUAGCGGCAAGAUAGAUGAUUGUUAAUUUUGUUAUUAAAGAGUUGCAAUUUAUGCAAGUGAAGAUGUUAAGUUGUUUUAUCUAUAAUGUAUUUUACAGUGGGAGCUGCAAGCUAACGUAAAUUAGUUAAAAGGUGCUAAAAAGAUACUACUGAAAAGGAAGUCAAUAAUGUGUUGCCUUAAAUUCAUCAUGUGAAAUUCUUUGUGAGAAAUGUUCUAAAAUGCUGUUGUAAUUUUCUUUUUUGGUAAAUCAACAAAAUUGUAAUAAUAUUUAUUGAAAUGGGGUUUCAAAAUAUGCUAUCCUAAGUUAAAUUCCUCUUUCUUCUUACAGUUGGUAAAAAGUAUGCUAUAAUCAAUUUCUCACAGUGAAAAUACUAAGCUGUACAAAAGUCGAGUUAACCUAUAUUUUGUUUGAAUUUGCUCGUAAGCCAUUUUAUAUAAAGUUUCAUAUUUUAGUAAUAAGUGUGUUCUUAAUUUUGGGAUCUUUGUAAUAUUUUGUAAGUAAAUAUUAUUUUAAGCUCUAGUGUCUGUAAGGUAUCUCUCCUUUGACCAAUUUAGGAUAAUAGACAUAUGACAGUCUCACAAGUGGUCCACUUACAGAUAAAACCUUUUCUGUAAAAACAUAUUUCAACAUGACUUUUAUAAGUAACUGGCUGAUAAAAGGUGUUAAACUGAAUUCACAAAGAUCUGCAAAUGUAUUUUAGAAGCUUUGUGUAGGGUUAUCUGGGGAUGAUGUAAAAACUAACCUAUUCUAAAAGCAUCCAUGCCCAAAGUGGGAUUUGUUUCCUAAUUUAUCUUUUCCUUGGGCAAUGAAAUCUUUUAUAUUCAAUGUAUGAAAUUAAACUUAGCAUUGUUUGCUAAUAUAAUGUGAUCUUUCUACUAAGGCAUUGUGUGACUCCAAACUAUAGUUAUGGUGGCUACUAGAGGUUCGUAGAAAGAAUGUUUGAAAUUAAAGUCACUUGGGUUUCCAUUACUGUUUGACAGUUCCUUCUUAUGUGCCAUAUAGCAGCUAUAGUAUAUUCUGAACAUAAUGUACAACAAAUGGUCCAUUCAUUUUGUGGUAUAGAUACGUUAAAAACAGGUUUGGCUCCAGGAAGAUGUUUUAGGAAGAGUUUUUGUAGGAAGAAAGGAUACAUAUUAGAAAUAGGUAUAAGAAUGCUUACAAAUUUAUGGUGUCAAAUACUGAACUUUCAAUGUUUAAUACAAAUUUUAUAGUUUUAUGCAACUUUUAAUGAAAUAAAUGUUUAUCAUGUGAAUUAAGGUAUUUUAAGUAAAUGUUACCAUGCCCUCAAAAAUAAAGUAUUAUAAUAGAAUUCAGGCUGGACAGAGUUUUUGGCCUCCCCACACCUUGGUUCAAUAGAAAAUGUUUUAAAUUUAGCUUAAAAAUUUUAAUAUAUUUUUAUAUCAGGUCUAAAUAAAAAUAGUAAAUAUGUCAGCAGAGAGCCAAGUUGCAAUUAGGUGCCAGAAAUCCUCAUUUUUAAAUUUUUAAUAUAAUUUUAGUGUUUACAAUUAAAUGGUAACUUAUUUGAUAAAUUUCUAAUGGCAGGUCAGUUAGGUGUAAAAUGUUUUGUGCUUUGUUGUCCAAAUUAAUUUUUUUAGAAACUUAUAAUAAGAUAUAAAAUAAAAUGCUUUUAUUAAAUGACGAAACUAGUCUCACCUCUAGCUGAACCAAGUAACAAUUUUUUUUAUAGAAUAUUUUGAUGAAAAUUAAAGUAUAUUCUUGUUUAUUACAAAAUACACUAAUUUCUAGUUUUUACAAUGUUAGAGGGUUAAACUAAAAAUAUGUGUUCAGCUGACUCUUCACACCAUUAUUAUAAAAAAUUUUAUGAAUUCUUCUAUUUUUUUUAUUCCAUACUUACAUUGCUAACACUUCUCUUCCAGUAACUGCUUUCUUUUAUUAAUUUAUAAGAAAUUGGAAUGACUUAUUGUUUUAAUUUUUUCAUUGGCUUGUGCAUGGUUAUCACAUAUUUCAUUUCCAUGAGUUCAUUGUGCUAUGCACGUUACUGCGCAGUUAAGUCAGCAGUAGUGUUUUAAUUGUUUCCAAUAUUUGGUUGGUAGGAUCUUAAUUUUAAAAAAAAAUAUAUUGUGUUUGCUCUAUAAUUUUUAUGUUUUAUUGUAUCUGAGACUAAAUAUUCAUUUCAUAAAAUACUAGCAUUGAUCGUCAUAUAAGCCUCUCCUUCACUCACACACAUUUCUCCUAAUCAGCUCCAUGAAAUGCCUUUAGUUAAUUCCAAUAAAUUCUGUCAAAUAAGUCAUUAUAUUAAAAAAUUGCUUCCAUAUAUUUUGAAAUAAUCCAAACUAACAUAAAAGAUUGUCCUGUCUCGAACUACGUUCAUCCACAAUAGCACACAAAAUCUGGUGGUAUUUUAUCUUAAAUGCUUUGGUCGGCAUGUACAGUCAUGGCUUGAAAAAAAGGAAUUCAUUACUCCAUUAGCUUAGUAUACAAAGUUUGUGGUUUGAUUAUCUGCCUGGCUGUGCAAGUCUGCUUUAAUGUACUGUACUUUUUAUGGAAGAAAGUACUGACCAAGUUUAAAUAAAUGAAACUACAAUACCUAAUCAUUAAAAUUCUAAUUUAGAAGUUAAAAGUAUGUGUUGUAAGUUAUUUUUUAUUUGUUAUUAAUAGUUUUUACUAAAUUUUAACUGAUCAAAUACCAUAAAUUGGUGUUUGUUUUAUUUUUCUUGUACAACACAAGUUGAGUUUGUAAAACAAUUCGUUUUUGUUUGUUUUUAGAUGAUUUUACAGUUGAGUUGUAGAAUUACAUAGACCACUGGUUUUGAGAGUUACGUCAUAUUGUUUUAUCUUAGGAGUUAAAUUUUUUUUUAAAUGGAGCUGUGAAAUAUGUGAAUUUUCUUUUGAAGAUUUGUUGCUUUAUUGUAUGCAAGGUAUAUAAAAAAUGUAUUGUUAUGGAAGCUAGUAAGUUUUGUAGUGAAGCAGUUGGAAGAUAAGUCUGUAUUGUUGUGUGUCAAGUCAUCUACUAUGUAUGUCCCUUUAGAUUUAUUUGAGAUUUAGUGUACUUACACUUUUGAUAUAUUCUAGUACAACAUAGUUUUUUGCCAAUUUUUUUUAUCGAUGGUUAUAGAUCCUUGAAAUUGUUUUAAAAAUAAGGUUUUGAACUUGUGGAAGAAAUUCAUUUAUUCAUGAGAUAAAACUAUGAUAGUGAAAUCAGUAAAAUUUUCAAGCUUUUCUGCGGGACAUUAUUUUUAUUUUUAAACCAAAUUCAUUUUUAAAAUAAUCUUAUUUUAGCUUUGUGUGAGAAUGUUAUGACUUUUAAUAGAGUCUAUUUUUAAUAUGCCUCAAGUUAUUAGACAUUUUGUGCUCAUCACAGUUUCAAUAUGGAUAAUAUUUAUUUGUUAAAUCACAUUUUACAUUUCACUAAGAUCAAGUAUUUUAUUUAAGUACAUGUAGUAUGUAUUAGUAUUGUGUCCCUGUUUAGGCAGGAUUAAAAAGACCUUUUUUGCUACUUGUUUGGAAAAUUGGUGUUACAUUUUCAUGUACAACAACAUUCUGUAAAAUGUUUUUAUUUUUGUUUCUCAAGCACAGUUUUCAGAUAAUUUUAUAAGGAAAUCAUUUACUAGCUACAACAAAUGUCUUUCAGUUGUGACAAUAGGUCCAAAGAGAUUCAGGAUAAUUCUGAUAGGAUUUUGUUAUUGUUUCCAUUAAAGUUCAAUCAACAGGGAUCUAUUGUGGGUAAGUUAUCUAAUCAUUAUGGUUAACCUCCAAUAAUACACCCGUGUAUGUUUUUAGGUGUUUCUGUUGACAGAACAAACAUUCACUAAAGUAGCAAUUGUACAACCCUCACUUUACUAUCAUUGCAAGUUUUUAUUGCCUUUAAAUGUUUCAUUUGCUACUGAAUAAUAUUCAACCUGUCAGCACUUACUCUAACUAAAAUGCCUGAAAUACAAUUUUUUGGAGUGUAGCUUUGGUAACUUUUAAACCUACUGUAAUCCUCUUAAUAAUUGGUUUUAAUAUAUUCAUAAAUUGCAUGUAAAUUAUUCAGGAUUUUAAUUUUUAGUAUGUCAGCAGGUUUUUCAUCAAAAUCUUAAUCAAUUUUGAACUAGAAUAUGAAAAUAUAUGCGUGGACUUCACCUAAUUUAUUAGAUAGGCUUAUAUGGCCAUUGUAACAAACUACUACUUGACUUAAGAGUUAGAUAUCCAUCGAUACAUCAAUACGUUCACAGACCCUGCUUAAACCUCGAAGUCAUAAAGUAUGUACCUCCAGAAAAUUGUGAAAAUUUUUAAAAUCUGUUUACUGAAAUUUAAUGUGAAUUUGUAAUAUUCAACCUAAAGUUAUAUUGUUAAUGCAAUUAAUAUUAAUUAUUACAGUAAAAUUGUUUUGACAAGUACUCUUGUGACAGGCCAAUACACUGUGUUGAUGGUGUUAUUAUUUUUUUUUAGGUAGGCCACCAAAUUUUAAUAACAAAAAUGAUUUUUUUUGGAUUAAUUGAAAUAUCCAAAACACAGUGACAUAUAGGAAAGAAGUUUGCACAGCAUUAUGUUAAACAUUAUUUUUGGAGUAGUAGAUAGUGAUCCAAUUAAUGUUCCAAGUUUAAAAUUUUUGGGAUAUCUAGGUGUAAAAUCAGCUUUAGGCAUUUAUUUUACGGUAAUAUAUUGAGGGGGGUCUUUUUCAACAUUUAUUAAAAAAAUUAAAUGUAGAAAUUGAUUUUAAGUAGCCUAUAGUUCAUGAUUACUAUUAUAAAUGAAUUAAAACUUGAAUUAUCAAUCAAUUUGCUCUUGAAAAAAAUUUCCGUAAGCACCUGCUAUUCUGCAACCAUUGAAGUAAAAGAAGUAAAAAAAAUUCACAUAAUUUCAACUAAACCUUAAAGUAUAUGAUGUUGACACUUUUUGAUUUGAAUAGUUUGUAAAUAUUAGUUCUUAGUUAGAAUUGCCUUUUUUUUUUUUUUUACCAAGCUCUUAGGAUGUAAGUAAUGUAUUUGUAAGAAAAAAUAUCAGAUUGUACAUUUGUAAUGCAAUAUGUGAUUUUUUUGUAAGUGCAAAAAACUGUGAUAAGUAUUUUGCAAUAAAUUGUGAACCUUUUA